GGUCCUUCUGUGCCUUCCGGCGUUGAAAACAACCGGAAUAAGCAUACGUGUCACUUAACGGUGAUGAGCUGGCUGCUAAGUGUCCUUGAAGUGCCAAGCUGUCAAUUUAAAAAUGGACAGGGAUCGAUCUGUCCCUUUCUCCCAAAUAAAAACGCUGUCGUUUUGUGUGGGAUGGGAGGUUCAAAUGCUGCGCUACUUCACUAUAUACUCUGAAAAUGUAUCACUGUGUUCGACUGUAAACCCUAGUACAGCAUGGUUCAUAGUGAAGAACGUGGAUCGACAUCAAAUCGGCGAAGUGGGAGAGAUGAAAACGAAUCAAGUUGGAGUUUGAAUGUUACUGGGAGUGUGGGAUCAAGGUGGAAGAAGAAGUGGGUUGCCCCAGAGUGUAAUUGUGGAAUUUAUGCAAUUUUGUUCAUGUCUGGAACCGAUAUGAACCCAAACAGACUAUUCUUUCGAUGCCCAUAUUUCAAGACUCCAACACCUCAUUGCAAAUACUUUUAUUGGCUUGAUGAUUAUGUUGCAUCAUUCAAUGAGGAUGCUGCGAAGACUCUUUUGUUCGGAGGUUUGAAGCUGAAUCAGAAUCAUAAAGAAGAUCAUUCUUCUGCAGAUGAUAACAAAGUUAGGGAGCUAGAGGAAAGAUUGGUUGGCUUAGAAAUUCAUUUGAAGAAAGCUAGAUUGAAUUUUAGUCAAAUUAGAUGCAGUAGUGUUGGAUGUGUUAUGUUGGCAUUUGUUGCUGGAAUUGUAGUCAGAAACCUGUUUAGUGGUGUAGUUUAGAGAGAUCAAAUGUUACUUCUGGAAUACUGUGAAACAUGGUGAUCUUGGUUGUUAAGU